AUGGGUGCCAACCUGAACGUCCCCGCACAGCCGGAAGAGCCAGAGCAAGAAGCUCCUGGACCAGCACCAGCUGAACCAGCGCCACCUCCACCUCGACCGUCGAAGCCGGUGUCCCAGGAGAAACUGUACGAGUGCGUCAACGGGGUGCUCGAAGCAGCGACCAAAAAGCGUCGCGCCUUCCUGGAGACGGUGGACCUGUUCGUAACGCUUCAGGACUACAACUUACAGAAGUACAGGCGUCUCAGAGGCAUCGUCAAGAUGCCGUACCCUGUCAAACAAAACCUGCGUGUUUGCGUGUUCGGCGAUGCGACCGAAAGCGAAGAGGCCAAGGCCAUGAACUUGGGCUUCAUGGUUUGUGCCCAAGUUUUGCAGCUGAAGAGGAAAAGCAAGGCCAUCAGGCAGCUCGCGUCGAAAUACGACGUCUUCUUGGCACCUGAGGCGUUGGUGAGAGAUCUCAACCAGGUUCUGGGUCAAGGGUUCAGCCAGGAACACAAAUGCAUCACUGCCGUGGCUCCGACCGAAUCAAUACCUGCCAACUGGAGGAGCUCAAGCACAGCACCCGGAUUUGGAUGA